CAGACUCUGGCUGCCCUGCGCGGGGUGGCGGGGUCCGUGGGGUGGCUGGAUUCCGGGGGGAGGGGAGAGUAAUUUGCCCCUCCCCCCGAGUAAAGGGGGGGGCGGCGCGGAUGAGAUAGAGGAACCCCCCCUUUAUCCCUCUCCGGCGGAAGGGGUGGGGAGGAAAUCGGGGGCCCCCCUGCACCCCCAUCCGUGCAGGCUGCGUUUUGCAGUGUGGGGCGGAAAUUGGGUGCCCCCCUGCCCUGGACUAGAGGCCGAGAGGGGGGAGAAGAAGCAAGACCGGAGAGAGACCCUUUGGGGGGGGGGCUAGAAGGGGGGGGGGCUAGAAGGGGGGGGUCCCUGCUCUGCCUGGGAGGCCCUUGUUCGUUCUGCCAUGAGCACCCCUCAGGAAAGAGGGUGCUGGCAGGAGUCCUGACCCCUCCAGGCCCCUCUGCCGCCUGCACUGGUUGCACCACUGACUGGGGGCUGGGGGGGGAGAUGGCCUCCCCCUCCAGGCAAGGAUCCCCUGGAGGGGCUGGUUUGCUCUGUGGCAGCAGGACCCGGUCCUACGGCAGCCUCAUCAAGUCGACACACUCCCCGGUGAGGGAGAGGAGGGUGGAACAUCGUCUGGAGCCGGGGGACACCUUGCAGGGGCUGGCACUCAAGUAUGGCGUCACGAUGGAGCAGAUCAAGCGGGCAAAUCGUCUGUACACCAGUGACUCCAUCUUCCUCAAGACGACACUGCACAUCCCUGUCCUGGUGGAGCCCGAGGAGAUGGUGAACGGCUUAAAGCGGGAGGAAGGAGCCACACAGCCUGCCACGGGAAAGGAGACGCUGGUGCUGAAAAACAGCUCUGCGGCCAGCGCAGGCUCCACCCCCCGUCAUGACCUCUCGGCCACGGAUUUCUUACGAAAGCUCGACUCCGAGAUCAACCUGUCCAAGAAGGCCGCGGUGAAGAAGCUGAGAGAGGGGGAAACAACAAUUGCUGGGAUGGAGCCAGGAGCAAGCAGGACCAUUCCCUGUCGGAGCGAGCCCUCUCCUUCCGCUCAGCAGCGCUCCCUGCUGGGCCCCGUGCCGCUCACCAAAACCACGCGGGCCGCCACGUUGCGGGACAAAGAGGACGAGAUCUUCACGCUCUGAUGGGCAGUGUUGUCUUGCCUCUCACGGGCCUGCCUCUCCCCUCCAUCCCUGCACAUCCAUCCGCGGGGGGUGGCACAGGAUUGGAGUGGCUGGUUUGGGGGGGCCCUGCCGUGGGGCCCC